UCCAUGAAUGACCCAUAAGCACAAGUCACAAACGCAAUGCUCUUCUCCAGUGCCUCUCUCAAUGGCUUUCAGCCUAUUCGACCCUCUCUGUCCAGCAAGCGAUCAGAAGUGUGCUCAGAACACUGUAAGUCGUGGCCUUCUCUUCGUCAAUUUAUCGAACAACUUGUGCGCUACCCUCAGCUUCUCCGACUGGCACAAUCCAUACAAGAAUUCAUCGGCUUCCAAGUCGUUCCCCAACUCUACAAAAGCACCGGAACAGAGCACAUUAGGCAAUUCAUCUGCUUCAAAUCCCUUCUCCUCCAUUCGCUUCGGAACAGUUCUACCCAACCGAUUCGACCGAUUUCUCCCGCAGAAAGCGCCAAUAAAGGCCAUGCAGCCCUGCCUGCUCAGUCUCCAGGGACACCUCGAAAUCCUGCGAUAGAGUCGGUUGAUGUCGGAGGCGUCUUCGCGGUGGCGGCGACACAGAUCGAUGACGAAAUCUGAAGCACCGUCGGAGACCCGAUCGAUCCCGAAAACAUGCGGCAAUUCGCAUUCGAUUUGAGAUUACUUUGGGAUACUUGAUCGAAUGGUCUGGAGAAGACGCCUCGAAGAUCGACCGACGUGAUCCGUCUCCAGGUGGGUUUAACCUUCCUGAUCAUGCCACCUGGAUAGGCAGCCUUGAUGGCAGCGCGGUGGGGCGCAGGUAAACCGUCACCGCCUCGUUUAGACUCUCGUCUCACCACCAUCGCCACUUUGCUCACCUACUCAAACCUGUUUCACCAUCCCACUACUUUCUUCUCUCUCUAUAUACGCAUCCAUCUCUCUGCGAACCAUAAAGCUUGCCCACCUCUUGCCACGAUGACGCUCGCGUUCCUCCCGGAGGCAUUGCGGGCGGUGCUCCUCGUCCAGCGGCCGCUGCUCCUCUACGCCGCGGCAUGGGCGGCCUUCCUCACCGCGACGGUGGCCGUCACGUCCUUCGCGCCGGAGCUCGCCUUCGUAUGGGCCGUCAUGCCGUCUUCGUCCUUCUCCAGCGCGUGUACUGCCGCGGCCGGCGGCCCGGCCGUGAGGGUCCCGACGGAGGGGCCGCCGCGGGAGGUGGUGUGCGUCCCGGCGGGGCUCUUCGCGCGGUCGCGGAUGGACCUGGUGGUACCGCCCCUCUUCGCCGCCUUGGUCGUCGGCGGCUCCACUUGCUUCAUCCGGGCCGUCGGUCUGUGGGAGCCCGAGGAGGAAGCCAUCGCGUGAGGUGCGCUGAUUCGAGACCGUCCGAUCUGUGGAUCGAACGGCCCCAAUGCUAUGUAUACGCGCAUUAGUCGAGGAAGCUUCUUUCUGAUCCGAAAUGGAGAGAGAAUUAAUCGUGUCAUUAUAAACAUAAUAAUGUACAUAAAUUAGGACGCAAAUUACUUAGCAUAACAAAACAGUAG